UUAUUACUUAGUGCCAGAGCAAACUUUAUUUUUACACUUUUGUAUUUAUUGCGUCUUCUCUUCUUCAGAACGUUCAGAUAAGAAUUAUGGAACCAGACUCUCGCGCUCACGGCAUUGAUGCUGAUACUAUACUGGGUAAUAACGAUGUAAUGAAUAUGGAUAUAAUAUCAGAAAUUGAAAAAGAACUCCACGACAAUCCGUACGAUAUGACCUCUCUGGUUUUUCUAUUAUACGAUACACCGGACACAGCUCUGCAGCGCCUUAUAGUGUUUCAACGAGUGUCUAACGAUGCUGGCUCGUCUAUAAACCUCAACAUGCUACACGAAUGGUUCCGACAUGCCAAGCAUAGCCCUAACUGGAAACAUGAGUUUGUGGAAGCCCUCCUCAUCUGCCAACUAUUUGGUAUAGUCAGAAAACUUGGCUUCAACGUUCCCGCAGCACGCAGACAUUAUCAAACUGAAAACAUUCACGUAAAAAUGUACAUUAAUCCUUUGAAAAAAGCACUCUACAAAUUGUGUGAGAAUAUUAACUCUGACAACCUGUUGAAACUAAAGAAAACACUAUUGACUUAUGAUAUUGAUACAACAGAAUAUGACUCAUGUGAACUUAUUUUCCUGAAGCUAAUGUGUAUCAAAUUCAUAACUAUUGACCAAUUUCAGUACGGUAAGAAGGUGCUGGGAUAUAAAGUUACCUUAGAGAAACUGCUUAAAAUCGUUGAGAAUUUACCUGGACUGAAGAAAAUUGUGAUGGAGAUUAAUCUAUUGCAACAGUCUAUCAAUGAAGAACAAGGCACAGUGCAAUCUGUGGUCACAAGCACACCAGCAGCACCCAUGAAAGUGGAUGAAUCAAAACAAAAAGAUUCUCAAGAAAACUAUUACAACAUGGACUUUGAUGAUGUAUUUAAACUGCUAGGGGAAUUACACCUUGAUGAAUCAUCACCAGAGCUUUUGAAAUCUGAUAAUCAAAAUAAAUUAGGUAAUGACAGCUAUGCAAUCAAGAGUAAUAAGCGGAUUGGAGUAUGUGUCAUAGUAAAUCAAGAAAACUUUUAUCCUUCCAAAGACAGUAUUGAGAUCACUGGACAGGCUACAUCACUAGAAAGAAGAAUUGGUUCUGAUAAAGACAGGUCACUCUUAGAAAGGACUAUGUCAUCAUUAAAUUUUUCAGUGUUCAGCAAAACAGAUCUGGAUCACAGGUUAAUGCUGAAAUUCAUCAAAGAUGUAAUAAAGUACCAAGUGACUAAGGAUGACAGUAUUUUCAUGCUGUGCAUACUGUCUCAUGGAGUCAAGGGUCAUGUGUACGCAGCUGAUUCUGUCAAAGUUAAAGUGGAUGACAUUCAGAGUAUGUUGGACUCAGAAGAGGCCAUCAAUAUACAUGACAAGCCAAAACUUCUCAUAGUUCAAGCAUGUCAGGUAGAUGAAACUAAAAGUCCUGUUUUAGUAGCUGAUAAUCCAAAUUACAGUUGUUAUUUGGAGAAGUCAAAUUUCCUUAUUUAUUAUGCCACAGCUCCUGAUCUCGAAGCAUACAGAAGUGAGAGGACCGGCUCUGUAUUUAUACAGAUACUAUGCAGGACUAUCCGCAAGUAUGCUAAUGUGGAGCAUGUAUUUGACAUUUUCACAAAGGUCACUAAUAAUGUAACAUUGCUUUGUACUAAAGUAGGGUACAAACAAGUACCAAUAUUUCAAUCAACAUUGAGGAAAAAGCUCUACUUACAAAUCCCUCAAUAAAAUUAAAGAUUUAAACUUGUAUCUAUUUUGUAAGGAACAUAAUAUGGUACUAUUAACUCUAAGAGUAGAAGAUUAGCAUUUCCUUUGCUGACUGUAUCUGUAAAAUGAUUUGCAAAAAUAUUAUACUGUGAUUUGUGUAGUUAGCAGGUAUGAAUUAUAUUAUUAGCCAUGUAAAUGUAACUUAUUUAAAUGUUUUAACUGACAAUAUCAGUAAUUCUCUUAGGUUUUUACAUAUCACUAUACCUGUUCAACAUGUGCCAGUUUUAGGCAAGGGUUAUGUGCAAAAAAAUAUUGGUAUAACUCACCA